AUGAAAAGAGUAAUUAUAAUUUUAGUAUACUUUAUAAUGCGCUUAAAGCUGAACUUAAUUAUGUGCGACAGUUGCUGCCAGAUUGAUUCGCGAGAAUUACCAUACUAUAAAUUAAUGAAAUCUAACGCCCGCUCGGAUCAGUUAAUACUUUCAACAGCGACGGUCCAGAAUAUAAGCGAAUGUAGAAAGUUUGCCUGGGCAAAGAAAGCAUUGGCAUUUAAUUAUGGUUUGGAAGUUGGUCGUUAUGAAUGGAACAUCGGUACUCAAAACAGAAGAAGAGGAACCAGAAAAAUAUGCCAAGUUCUUCAGUGCCCUGAGAUUCAUAACUUCACUACCCUUGUGCAUGAUAAAAAUUAUAAAUAUUACAGCACGUAUCCUAGCUCCAUUUCAAUAGAUUCCAGCUUUACACUGGCCUGUAUCCCUAGAGCAGGGGUAUUCGUGUUUUCAAGCAAUAACUUGAAUUAUAGCCAAGCACAAACUGCUUGCCAAAAAUUCAAUGCAUCGCUUGCUCACAUAAUUAGCGAAGAACGUACGAAUGGUCUCGCCAAGUACAUUUCACUAAACACACCCACUUUCGUUGGACUCAGUAACCGUAACAAUGAGAAACUUUGGAAAAACGAAUUUGGCGAACCACUGUUUUGUUUUAAUUAUCGAGCAUGGGGAAAGGGACAACCAUCGCACUCGAAAGGAUGUGUGAGUCUUGUACAAUUACCUGAAGUAAAACCUGGUUCUUUUUGGAAAGUUGUAUCCUGUGAUAGCAUAUUACCUUUUAUUUGCGAAAUUUUACCAAUAUAUCAAUUUUUACGUAAUUAG